UUGGUCAAUUAGUGGAGUUAGCGCUAUAUAAAUUAUGUUAAAUUAAAUUAAUUUCCCUCUACUGAACUUUAGCGAAGGUUUUUUGAAAAUUUACUUCCGUACCGACCCUGAAGUUCUCUGACACUCUGCCUCUACUGAACUUUAGAGGUGUUUUGAAAAUUUACUUUCGUACCGACCCUGAAGUUAUCAUACUCUCUUCCUCCUUACUGAACCGACUUUAGAGAAGGUGUUAUGAAAAUUUACUUCCGUACCGACCCUGAAGAUAUCUUCUGCUCUCCCUCUACUGAACUUUAGAGAAAGUGUUUUGAAUUACUUCCGUACCGACACUGAAGAUAUCUUACGCUUUCCAUCUACGUUUAAACGUCGGGGUUAUUUCAGUUUCCGGUGAGCGAAGACAAACUUUGGUGGAUACAUAAAACCAUUCUCGCCUGCGCGGCUUUGUACUCCAGCCCAAUAUUCGACUUCGACUUGUGCAUUUCUGCUUUGGUAUUCCUCGUAUCUCGUUUGCAUCGCACUUCAAACACGAUACAAUUGAGCGAUUGAGAGCAUCCACUUGCCUAACGUGUUCGACUUAAUCAGAAUGGCGGACACAACCGGCUACAUUCUGAUACGGGAAGAUAUGAGGAGAGUAAAGACGAAUCGUCAUGUUGGUUUUGAGGUUGCCGUUAUGUUGACUUAUUUUGGCAUUCUUUUAUGGCGUCUGAUCAGCUUCGUUCUGUACACCGUUCACGCUACAGAUUGUUUCUUCCGCGAAAAGCUUACGAGUUUUCACUGCCAAAACUUCACAAUUUUUCCUCACGCGAACGAACUGGAGAUAAGUUGGCAGGUGGUGUCGUUUAUCAACACUGUUCUUGUUAUUCUUGUGCUCCGGAAAGUGCCCAACUAUGAAGGAUAUCUUUCUGCUCUUCGAAACAACUCGAAACAUGCCCGGUUCUGGUCGCUUUUGGCGCAGUUGUUGGUCGCUGUUGCUUACAACAUCAUCGCCAUCUGCACAGAAACAUCUAGAGUUAGUAAAAUUAUUGAAGUUAUGUUUAUUCUCGAACAGAUUGCGACGACCCUGGUGGUGUAUCUGUGGAAUACUGUACCCGCACCCUGGAAAGAAUCCAAUGACACCGUAAAGAACUUGGCAUACUCGCUUACUCUGCAUUUACACUUCCUCGAGAAUUCAUAUCUUUUUGGUUUGGAUACUGCACAUGCAGCUUUCCGAGUAACAGGUGUGAACAAUUUUUGGCGAACCUCAUCUCCCCUUCAGGCGGUUACUAUAGUGGUGGGUGCUGCCGAAGCCACCUUUUAUUACGCCAUGAUGAAAUUUUUUUGGAACAAAUGGUUUGACGAUCGAAGAGAUCUUCUGAUCAAUGACAAUGUUUGAGAACCUCAUUUGCAUCGGUCACGGGUAGUCGACGCUAUGAAUAAAACUACAGUUCUUCAACAAAUUAGUAAAUAAGGCGCGAUUUGUGAGGCGAGCUUUUCAUCAGCAGAACUUGACCGAUUAGAAUCUGAACUGACUUAGAGAUUAUCAACUAGUUUCCAAUCUCUUGGAACCGACUUAAAUUGAAUAAAGGAGACCUCUUGAUUCAGAUGGCGACUUCAAUUAGCUGUUUAUGGCAGUGCACAAGACAGGUUCAAGAAAACUCCUUCAAAAUACGUCAUAAUACCUUGUGCCUUUGAUUCAGUAAAUGGAAAGUUCAGCCGUCUGGAACUGCAACCGUUGCAAGAGUUAACUUUCCCGACCAAGCCUGAGCGGAAGAACGGUCGAGCUGUUCCAAUUACACUGAAUUAAGUAGCCAUUCUUAAUCGACUUCAGAAGCGGAACUCGUUAUGUACGUAAUUCAAGUUAUUACCUUGGGGUCAUGAAAGGUUCGGUGUCUAAACUGAGCUUAGGUUACAAUGUGAUUGACUGAUUGAUUUAGUAAACAAGGCUUUUCCAUGGUGAAAAGACGGUUUUACUUACAUUCGCGGAGGCAAUAUCGGGUAGUCUAUAUGGGUAAGACUUGAAGAAAAAGUUUGAAGCUAUGUCAUGAAUGACCAUGUUUGAGUACUCCAUUUACAUCAGAGGUCAACGGUAAGAAUAGAGCGAAACUGUGGUCGAGAAAUCAGCAGACCAGGUUUGGUUUGGUUCGAAUUUGACCCAAACCAACUUCAGAAGAAAGUUCGCCUGUUUAUUCAGACGCCUAUAAAUCACGCUUCAUGGGAAGUUUGGCGUUUAAACCCGGGCAUAAGUCGCAGUCAAAAUGUGACUAGACAUGUUCUCUGAUAAGUUUUUGAGUGACUCGAAUAGUAACUGAAAAGAGUGUUUGAAAACGGUUGCAACGACUGACUACCUAAGGAGACAAGCAUAACGAACUCAAUGACUGACUAACACAAAAAUUAACAAAUUAAGGAAGGCAUCAGUAAAUAAUGAUAACCUACGGGUUAAAAUUGAUUGGUAAUCAGUGUAGUUAACUGGGCCUUUCCCACUCGACUCGUGGCCAACUCAGACAAAGUUGAAUGUUCCUGGAGGCAAAAUAAUCUAUGAUUAACGACAACUUUAUUUGCAUUAGAAAGAUAUUUACAAAAUGAAACAAGGGUGCCGCAAGGAACGAACCUAAUCUUCGUAUUAGCUGACCCCCAGACCUAAGAAUAAACUCCAAUUUUAAUCAUAAUUUAAAAAAAAAAAAA